GAUAAAGAGAGACGGUCAUGGAUUCAAAACAAAGCACCAUAACAGUUAUCAUGUUCCCAUGGCUAGCUCAUGGCCAUAUCUCACCAUUCCUUGAGCUAGCGAAAAAGCUUUCCACUAGGAACUUCAAAAUCUACCUCUGCUCCACCCCUGUUAAUCUCACCUCCAUCAAAUCGAAACUCACCCAUACAAAAUACUCCGCUUCAAUCCAACUGGUUGAACUACCACUCCCUACCGAUAACCUCCCUGCAGAAUCUCACACCACUAAAGGUCUCCCUCUCAAUCUCAUGCCCACCCUCAAACAAGCCUUUGAUUCGGCCCGAGAAGAUUUUUCUAAACUCCUAAGAAAACUAGAACCCGACUUGCUUAUUUACGAUUUUCUUCAACCAUGGGCCCCGGAUCUCGCUUCUUCUUAUAAUAUCCCGGCCGUCGAUUUCAUCACUAGUAGUGCCACCAUGACUGCCUACAUGCAGCACCACUACUUAUACAGAGUUCCUGAGUGGGAGUUUAAAUCUAUAUAUUUCCGCGAGUAUGACAAUGUCGAUCGUUCCCAUUUGCUAAAUCCUCCUCUAAACCUCAAUAAAGACAAAACACGUUGUUUUGAUUGUCUUGAAAAAUCUAACGACAUUGUUUUGAUAAAGAGUUUCAAAGAAGUCGAAGGGAAGUACAUUGAGUACCUUUCUAAAAUGGUGGGGAAGAAGGUAGUUCCUCUCCCGCUUGUCCAAGAUUGUGCUAACGAAGGCGAUGAUGCCAAAGAAUUAGGUGAUGAUGAUUUUGGGUUCAUUGAAUGGCUAGACAAGAAGGAGAAAAGUUCGACGGUGUUUGUUUCUUUUGGUACUGAGUAUUACUUGUCUGAUAAUGAGAUGGAGGAGAUAGCACUUGGUUUGGAGCUGAGCGGGGUUAAUUUCAUGUGGGUUUUGAGGUUUCCAAAGGGGGAAAAUACUACUAGUAGUAGUGCUGAAAAGGCACUGCCUAAAGGGUUUCUUGAGAGGGUGGGAGACAGAGGGAUGGUGGUGGAUGGGUGGGCGUGCCAAGUAAAGAUUUUGCAACAUCCAAGCAUUGGUGGAUUUGUGAGUCACUGCGGGUGGAGCUCGGUGAUGGAAGGGAUGAGAUAUGGGAAGCCGUUUAUCGCGAUUCCCAUGCACCUUGAUCAGCCGGUGAAUGCUCGUUUGGUGGAGGAGGUGGGGGUUGGGAUGGAGGUGGUGAGGGAUGAGAAUGGGAGAGUUGAUAGGGAGAGGGUGGCGGAAGUGAUAAAGAAGGUUGUGGUUGAGUGUGAUGGGGAGGGUGUGAGGAAGAAAGCAAGAGAGUUGAGUCAAGUCCUGGGCAUCAAAGGAGAGGAGGAUAUAGAUGUGGUGGUGGAGGAGUUGGUGAAGCUGUUUUUGAAGAAGAAAAAGAUGAUGAUGAUGAUCAGAUCAAAUGGUGGAUCUACUUAG